CUCGUCGUGUACCAGGAAAUAAUCCUGACAACAACGCAACAGAACUUUACUUUCGCUUUGGACCGCGGGGACAUUUUAACGUAUUAUUUGAACAAAGAUAUAAUAACUGUUCCACUACGUUGCCGUCUGAAGGAGAAACCAUGGAGACAACUGUUUACGCAGUUUGUGUUGGUCUGCUGUGCCUCAUCGCCACUUCAACGGCCAAACAUUCUCCACCUCAGGUCCAGGUGUACAGCCGUUCACCAGGGUUAUACGGCAAACCCAACACCCUGAUCUGUCAUGUGACUGGCUUCCACCCACCAGAAAUCACCAUUGAGCUGCUCAAGAAUGACAAAGUGAUUCCUGAAGCCGGGCAGACUGACCUGGCCUUCGAGGAGAGCUGGAGCUACCAUCUGACCAAACAUGUGCCCUUCACCCCAAGCAAAGACGAGCGCUAUGCCUGCAAAGUGACUCACUUGGGGAAAAUGAAACAAUACAUUUGGGAACCAGAUAUGUAGGUUCCUUGCUCCACCCUGCUUCAGGUCUGCUCAGGCUCAACAUGACGAUGAAGAAGAUUGGAACGUUUCGUCCAGUUUUGAGUUUAAGCUUCAGCAAAUGAGAGAAAAACAGCACUUAAUCCAGCUGUGUGUUUCUGUAUCAGAAAUUCCAAAUGGCAGUAAACCUCCAUGACAUAGUUUGCUGUGAAAAGGGCCGAAUCACUCCAGAACUCACAGCAGCAAGCCUUACAAUGACAAUGGCACAAUAAAUGCAAAUGUUUCUUCUCCCUGUUUUCCUCUCUCUCUUGCUUUAUCUGUAACUGCCGGCUCGUAUCAUACACAAUCAAAGAGAUUUACAAAUAUGAGCUCAUUCACUUUAACAGUCAUGAUUUGACCUCUUCUGGCAAAAAGAUGUUUAAAAUAUCAAAAUCAAUUUAAUACAUUCAUGCUUUAUUAUUAGAAUAUUAAGUCCUAAUGACUAACAUGUCAGCAAACACAUCCAGUAGAAACAUAACUGUGUAUAUGACAUUUACCGUAGUAAAGUAGUAAUGUCAACAACACGAUAGUAUCCCUAAAAACAAGCAUGAUUUUAACAUUGGAUGAAGCGUUAUGUAACUGAGCUACAUGUGUAUGUCGAGCAGAGCCGCUGAUGUGGGUGUAAAAAAUUGUGUAAAUACUUUCUUCUCUCUGUGUUAGUCUGUUAUUGUGCAACGAGGCAGAAACAGCUUUGUAAUUCUCAAAAAUAAUGUGCAAGAACAAAAUGUUAAGCUAGGUUUUAGUCCCCUUGAUGCAGUGGAUUUCAGCAUGUGCUGUUAGACACAAUGGUUAAUGGCUGAACAGGAAGUGACCUGUCAGCUGUGAACUUGUGGCUGCCCACAAAAAAAAACAAAGUAGCACAAAUCUUGUCAUUUUGGAGAAUCAUUUGAUUUAAUAUUCAUGUGAAAAAUGUUGCUUCAUGGAGCUUUUUGAUAACUUUUUUAAUGAUUAAUUUUAAUUUAAUUUUCACUGUCAUCUAAUCUAAUCUAUGCCAAGUGCUAAAUGCUAAAAUACAUAAAUAGUUUUUUAAGCACUGUUUUAUCUUAUAGAAUAUCAAGAGUGGAUUAAGAUUUUUAUUUUCCUGUUAAGAUUUAUUUUACAGAAUGACUUGAGCACUUUCUUGUGCUGUUUGUGAAGGAGAUAAGUUCAGCAUAAAAACUAUGAGGACUAUGACUCAUAUUGAUUUUAAAUGUAUUUUACAAUAUUGUUGGGUAAUUAAAGAGUUGGUGACUCUGAAAGUGA